AUGUUGAGAGGAGGCCAUUUUCACACAGAUUGUUCCAAAUCUUACAAGGAUUAUUGCCGAAAGCACUACACUGACCUGGCCCCCAUUCACAAUGAGCAGGAACAUCAGCGUGUUUCAGAUCUUCUGGGCAGUGUAGAAUACGCAUGGAUCGGCCUCUUCUUAGACAACUGGAAAUGGUCUGACCAACGAAGCACCUCAUUCCGCUACUGGAAGGCAGGACAGCCCUGGAGCCCCACAGGCAAUGCAAACUGUGUUGCCAUGGUGACUACAUGGACUGGACAAUGGGUUGACACACUGUGUGAUGCAAAGCUACCUUUCAUGUGUUAUAAAGCACCGAGACAACGCAUAGUGAAACUGACUAUGACCCCUAAUGGAGAGAAGGAUCUGAAUGACCCUGCUAUGAAGACAGCCAUUCUGAGUCUGAUUGAGAAAAAAUUGAGAACACAGGAAGGGGGUAAUGACGCAACCCUGAGGUGGCGAGAGAAAAGUGGAAAGGUUUUUCAUUUCUACAAGAAGAGGAUGAUGGAGAAUGACAACUGUGUUUAAUGUAAAGUUAGUUACAUGUACGAGACGCAGGCAA